AUGACCGGCUCCGCACAAUUAACAGCCCUGGAGGCCUUUCUCCUCUCACACCCCAGCAUUGGCUACAUCCCGCCCAUCUCCGCCGAGUAUGUGCCCACAGCCAGCCGGGGGUGGAUCGCCGGCAUCAACGCCCGUCCGCUGGCCAUCGUGCAGCCCCAGUCUCCCGCUGACGUCUCAACGCUCGUCAAAUUCGCCAAGGCCCACGCCGUACCAUUCAACGUUCGCUCGGGCGGCCACAAUCUCGAGGGUCGCUCCGUUGUAGAUGGCGCCCUCCUCAUCGACCUGCGCGCCUUGACGGCCGUUACUAUCGCUCCGGAUCGUCAAUCGGCUACGGUCCAGGGAGGUAUCCUUCAGGGUGAACUUGCUAGUACCCUCUGGGAGGAGGGGCUGGGCACUCCGACUGGUUCUAUACCCAGCGUCGGAUACGUCGGCUGGGCCAUGUAUGGCGGAUAUGGGCCCUUUUCGUCUCAUUGGGGACUAGGGGUCGAUCAGAUCCUAGAAGCCACGGUGGUGGAUGCUAACGGGGACAUCAUUGUGGCUAAUGAGUCCCUCCUGCGUGGUAUCCGUGGUGCAGGGGGCAUCUUUGGCAUCAUUGUCGAUGUUACUAUCAGGGUCUAUCCGCUUACAAAGCUCCUCGCCGGCGCUAUCAUCUUCGACUCCUCUGAUAUAGCCCAAACCAUCAUCACUUUCAAUGCCGCCUACGAGGACCUCCUCAACACAGAGGGCCUUCCUCCCCCAGUGACCCUGCAGCAGGCCGCUCUCAACAGUCCUCACGGUCGCGUUUUCGCUGUGCUCUUCACAUGGAGCCACCCCGACCUGGAAGAGGGCCAACGAUGGGUCGAGAAAAUCUCCUCCCUCGCCCCUCUUCUUAUAAACACCGUCGCCCCCACGACCGUUCCGGACUGGUUCAAAGGCAACGGUGCCCUCGUCCCUGAAGCUGUAUAUGGCUCCCUCCAGACGCAUAACAUCCGGCGCAUCAAUCCCGCUGUGGCAGAGGUGAUUGGGCGGAACGUGGCAUCGAUGCCGUCAGAUCCGGGCACGAUGCUCUCAAUCCAUCAGCUGCGGGGACAGUCUGCUGGUGAAGAUGCAAGCAAGCUCGAGCAUUCCGUAUUUGCAACUAGGGAGCCUCAUUAUAUGCUUGAGAUUCUCGGAUGUGCUACGGAUGAGCAAAAUGCGGGCACAUCUGAGGGAUGGGCGGUUAAGACUGCAAAGGAGGUUGCGCAGGUCGACGAGGGGAAUGUUUUGUCCACGGCGUAUGUGUCUUUGAUGAGAUUGGCGAGCAUGAAGCCAGAUGAGGCGGUCAAAAAGGCGUUUGGUACCAAUGCGGAGGUGGUACGCGAGCUGAAGGAGAGGUUUGACCCGGAAAAUGUCUUUGCGUUGGCGCUGCCGGCGUUGAAGUAA